AUGGGGUCCGAACGACUAGAACAGUAUAAGAAAUGGCUUGCCAAAGAACCACAACUUGGAGAUAAGUAUGUAAUCAUCGAUGCUAAAUGGUUGGAGCAUUGGAAACGUUUCGUUGGCUUGGAAGAAAAAGACGAAAACGAAAUCAUUACAGAUCCCGGUCCAAUCGAUUUCAGCAAACUAGCAGUUUUGUCGGAUGACGAAGAUCCAAAGAAUAUUCAACUUCGUUUAGACGCUGUGGAGAAUAACGAUUAUACAUUCAUUCCAUAUGAACUCUACAAACAACUGUUAGAAACCCAGAAAAAAGUUGGUUCUGAAAUAGUUCGCGAAGUAAUUCCCCGCGGCGAUUAUGACACGGUGGUUGAAUCCUUUCUUGUACCAUUACGAAUUCGCCAGUCACGCAAUUCUAGUGCAAGUACAAAACAGAUCUAUCGUAGCCGUCGAACGAAAAUAUCAGACAUCAAAAAGACAAUCUGUAAUGAAUUUCAUCUCUCAGAAAGCGCAAACGGUUCUCUAUUCUCAUCGACUGAUGACAAAGGUUUAUAUUGGGAUACAAUUGAUGAACCAGACUAUAAGACUCUUGAAGAUAUUGAUUUAGUCAAGAAUGCUUACAUUGUGUACGAAUCAAGAGCAUUAGUGGUACGAAGCGCCAAUUUGUCAAAAACGUCUUAUAUUCCUGGACUUUGUGGUUUAACUAAUUUGGGUAAUACAUGUUUUAUGAAUUCAGCUUUGCAAUGCAUAUCAAAUGUGCCAGAAUUGACCAAAUACUUUCUAACAAAUGAAUAUAGUUCACAUAUCAAUCGCGAUAAUCCACUGGGAAUGAAAGGCGACGUUGCUCAGGCAUACGGUGAAUUGAUCCAUGAAAUGUGGUCAGGUAAAACAAGUUACUGCGCACCGAAAUCAUUGAAACAUAAUGUCGCUCGAUACGCACCACAAUUCAGCGGUUAUGCUCAACAAGAUUCGCAAGAAUUCAUGUCGUUUCUACUCGAUGGUUUACAUGAAGAUUUAAAUCUUGUCAAAAAAAAGCCGUAUGUUGAGAAAAAAGACGACGACGGCACAUUAGAUGACGAUAAGUUAGCUGCACAAGAAUGGAGCUAUUACCAAAAACGAAAUCAAUCGAAAAUUCACGAUAUCUUUCAUGGUCAAAUCAAAUCGGUUGUGCAGUGUUUAACGUGUGGUACGAAAGCGCGUACAUUCGAUCCUAUUUGUUUUCUAAGUUUACCGUUGCCAAAUAAGAAAAAAAUUCGCACCUAUAAGGUUGAUUAUGUUCGUACGCAUGGACAGGUGAAAUCAUACUACAUCAAAGCAAAUGAACUAGGACGAAUGUCGGACUUAGUCGCAGCAUUUUGCGCUCGUUUUCAACCGAAAAAAGUAGAAGCACGUAAUGGCACCGAGUUAAUGGAAACCGAUGAUGAAAGUGCCUAUCCAGAAGACAAUGACGAUGAACAAGGCGAUGAAGAAGACUUAACAAAAGCAGAUGAUUAUGAUGGACACCAACCUAAACCAGACUAUAUUCAUCCUGUAGAAGUGUACAACCAUCGAAUACAUCUGCAAUAUAAUGAAAGUCAUGCGUUAACACGUAUCAUAGAUCGAGACCAAAUCGUCUUCUAUGAAAGUGAACAUUCAUUAAAAUCGGACAAGCAAACAGGUAUCCUAAUGCCAUGCACGUUUCGAGAAGUUGAUUAUCGUCAAAAUUUUGGCUUGCCGAUUUAUCUCAGCUUACCCAGAAAGAAUUGUACCGGAAAAAACAUUCGAGAUGCUCUGCAGAAAGUAAUUGGUAAUUUCCUUCCGUUGUCAUCCGUUGCACCUGCCGAUAAACCCUUGUAUUCGGCGCUAUUGCAAAUUACUCAGAAUUACAGUCCGCAACUGAAACCAUUGUCAAGUCUACUUGAUGAGCAGAUUGAUUUUGCUCGUUUGAAUGUUGAACUUGUCGUCGAAGUCAACUCGGCAGUCGUAGAUCUAUACAAGAAACAGGAAAAAGAAAAAGAAAAAGCGGAUGACAGUCAACAGUCUGCCAUGAAAAAGAACAAUCGCGUAGAGAAUUCAACAAAACGAACAAUCACCUUGAUGGAUUGCUUUCGUUAUUUUACUAAGAAAGAAACGCUAUCGGACGAUGAUCGCUGGUUUUGUCCUAAAUGCAAACAGUUGGAGAAAGCAACGAAAAAGUUUGAUAUAUGGCUACUACCAAAAAUUCUUAUCGUUCAAUUGAAACGUUUCAGUUACACGCGCUAUCAUCGCGAUAAAAUCGAAGAUCUAGUCGAUUGUCCAUUACAUGAUUUGGAUCUUUCCCAAUUCGUACUCAAUCCAGAACAAAAGAAGAAUACCAAAUAUGAUUUGAUUGGUGUGAGCAAUCAUAUGGGUAGUUUAGGCGGUGGACAUUACACAGCUUACGCGAAAAAUUCCAAGGAUGAAAGAUGGCACUCAUUCGAUGAUUCAUACGUAUCAGAUAUCAGUGAAAAUGAUGUGAUCAGUAGAUCAGCAUACGUGUUGAUUUAUCGACAGAAAUCAACAACAAAUGAGGACGCAAAUUAA